AUGGCAAAGAAGAAACAAGGAGGAAUCUGCUCACCAGGUGGCGCUUGCUAUCAAUUCCCACCACCAGCAUGUUCCAUUUGCUGUAUGGUUUUCUCUUUAUUCGGUGUAAUUGGUUUGUUAUCAAUUGGAGGUGCUAUCAAGAAUCAAUAUCACAAGGCUGAAGGUGAAGAACAAUGGACUUCCAGCCAAGAAGCAACGGCUUCUAGUGGUGCUUUCAUCGGUACUGUUAUUUAUGUCGCUUUGAUUGCUCUUUGUUUUGGUUUAUUCUUGUGGAGAAAGUUUACCAACAAGCCAUCAGAUGAUGACAUUGACUCUAGCAACCCUUCCCUCAUCUCAUCUCCUGUCUACCCUACCUACCUAUCACUAAAAGACAGAAAACUGUCUAGACAGAAAAAAAAACAAGAGAGAAGUAGGAACCAACCAGAACAAGAUAGAAUAGUAGUAUCAAUCAAUCACCAGACACAAGUUUGUGUGAUUAAAAAGUACGAUAACCUGGAUAAGAUAACUCAGUUCUUUGGAAAGAAAAAGAAGCAGUCUUGUCAAAGUACUCACUCUUCUUUUCUUCCACCUUCAACAUCCCCUCAAUCUACCUCUUCCUCUUCAUUGUCGACAUCUCCGUUGUCCUCUUCAUCCACCACACCUCCCUCCACUCUUGAAUCAUCUACAGACAACAACAACAAUAAUAUUAACAAUCACAAUAGUAGUAAUCAUAGUAACAAUAGUCAUCUGAGCACAAGUAUGAGUAAAUCUUCAACGACAAAGGGGUCUACUUCGUUAGAGGUUGACGACAGCGGAAACAGCACAAAGACAGUGCUUCGUACACUAUCUACUAGCUCAAACGACCAGAGUUUGAGUAUCUCAAUGAACCAAAUACACAGUACUGGAGGUAAAUCAGUUCUCAAUGCUGGUGGAUCUAUUAGUUUGUCAGACAGCACAAAUGGUAUUGGUAAGACUAGUACUAGCGAUACAGCAACUAGUACUACCCAAGUGAAUAGUAAUGGUAGUAGUUUAAAUGGUGCCAAUAGUCAUCAUCAUCAACAACAACAACAACAAUUAUCACCCUCUAAACCAUCAUCAUCCAACAACAAUAAUAAUAAUAGUAAUGAUAUAUCAAAGACAUUGUUAUUAGAGAUACAAUUCUUGGAGAGAUUAUUACAAGACCUUAUUAUCCAAAGAAAUACCAAUACACGAAAACAACAACCCAAUGGUGAAAAGGAACUCACUCGGGAAGGCGAAGGUGAUGGAGAUGUAAGCGAAUGGAAACGUUAUGAAGAACAACUUCGCAGCAUUAUCGAGAGCAAAAAGAGUGACUUUAGAUCAUUCAUCACCGAAUACGACAAGAACAAACCUGUACAAAAGAAAUCUGCCUUUUUAAAGUCUGGUGCUGCUGCCCUGGUAAUCUUUCCAACCGUCAUGGAGGAGAAACUUUGUUCCUCUUUACCAUUGAUUUAUAUUGAUAAUUAUAAAUCAAGAUCAAUAAGUAAUAAUAGUAUUCAAUCAUCAUCUCCCCAACAACCGGAACGACAACAACAAUGGGUUCCAUCAUCAUCAACUCAAACAACAACAACAACAACAGAACAACCAAUUGAAAAUAAUACUAAUAAUAAUAAUAAUCAAGAUAAUAAUAAUAAUAACGAACAAGAAAAUAAUAAUAUUAAUAACAAUAAUAGUACAGCACAAUCUGGUGAAUUACAAUCAUCAUCGUCAUCAUCAUCUUCACUUUCAUCAUCAUCUAUUAUUACACAUCCAAUUAAACCAUUUACUACAUUGUUUGGACCAAGAACCGAUGUACCAGAGGAUUCUCAAUCCUAUUCAAAUUCUAUUUAUUGUAAAUCUGGUUCAUCUUAUCCAAAACAUUUUACUGGUAGAAGACAAGGAGAUCCAAUUUGUGAUAGAUUUAAAAUUAGUAUUUAUAGAGAAAAGGUAUUGGUGGUAUUGGCAGAUGGAUGUAACUGGGGUAGAUUACCAUACGAAGCAGCAACCAAUGCAACCAAUGCUUUCUUGACAUUUUUAGAGGAUAACCAUCACUUUAUCAACACUAUUCGCAAGGCUGGAUCCUUUUUGUUGGCAGCCAUGACUGCAGCACACAAAGGUAUCAUUGCUGGCAAGAGUGAAGUUUGGGAGGCUGGUACUACCACACUUAUCGGUGGUAUGUUGACUAAAAUCAAAAAGGAAAGAGAUAACAAUGCCAUUCUCAAAAGAAUGUCAUCUCUAUCUUUUGUAGAAGUAGAUUCAGAUUGGGUAUUUAUUGGUGUAACUUUGGGUGAUUGUAAAGCAUUCCAUUAUUCUAAAAAAAAUAAAAUAUUUACAGAUAUUACAAAGGGUAAUAGAACAAAUGUAUCUGAUGCAAGAGAUCCAGGAGGAAGAUUGGGACCUUAUGUAGGCAAUGGUGAGCCAGAUCUAAGAAACCUCAGCGUAUUUUACAAGUAUUGUGAUGAGGGAGAUCUCAUACUCUUGCUUAGUGAUGGUGUACAUGACAAUCUGGAUCCACAGCAGUUGGGUAUCAAACCAAGGGAUCUGGGAAUAGAGGCUGACAAUUGGGACCAAGCAGGUCAAAAAUAUCCAGUCGAGACGGACAAGGUGAAAAAUGACUACAGAACCAAAUGGCUUGGCGACCGAUUCAAACAAGACGAUCUCACACCUGAAUUCAUCACCAACUAUCUACUCAAGCAUUGCAUUGAAACCACUCAGACUAGUCGUGAUUUUAUGGAACAAAAUACAACUAAAAAACUACCAUGUGACUAUUAUUUGUAUCCAGGAAAGAUGGAUCAUAAUACUUGUGUUUGUCUAAAGGUUGGACAAAACAAAUAUAUUUCACCUACACCAACUACAACAACAACAACCACAACUGCAGAGACAACUAAUUAA